CACUUUGGUACACAUAAAAAUUUACCCUAUUUGCUAACCAAUUUAUCGUCCCCAAAGCCUUGUGUCAUUCUGAAAGUUUGCCGUGAUGUCCUUAUUCAAAAUCAGAGAGUUGUGGACAACUCACUGUGAGAGUGAAGAUGAAGUGUUUGAUCAGAACUCGAUGAUUGUCACUAAACUGGACAACACUGAGUUUUUAGUGACCGGAAGUCAUAGUGGAGUGUUGAGAAUAUUCAAGCCUUUUAACGGUUCGGAUGAGAGUGGAUUUUCAGCAGCUGAUUUGCUAGCGGAGAAGAAAUAUGAGCAGCCGAUUUUGCAAGUAGGAAGUGGACAACUAGUUUCCGGCUCUCAUCAACUCCAGUUGGCAGUGUUGCAGCCAAGAUUGUUGUCUGUUUGCAAUGUCAAUGUGAAACAAGGAAUAUCAGAACAAGGAACUGAAAGUAACGUAGAAGAACUCUACGAGCACAAGCUUCACCAGCCCGCAGUCAGCUUUGUGAUUGGACCUUUUGGAGGUGUCCAGAACAGGGAUUUCAUUUGCGUGUUGUGUAUAGAUGGGACCCUUUGCUUCUUCGAACAGGAGAGCGAAGGUUUCAUGUGCAUGCUGCCUGAUUGUCUACUACCUGGACCAUUCGUUUACGUUAAAGAAGGAGAUUUGUUUGUAACUAGUGGAGGAAAAUGGAUGUUGGAGUCUUAUCGUUUCAAGCAUCUGUCAGAGGCUGAAGGGAAAAAAAGAAAAGCCAAUUUAACACCUUCAUGGUGUUACAACCUGGGGGAAUACGUGUUGGAUAUGCAGACGGUGGAUGACAGAGGCAACAAAGAGACUUGGAUAAACGUGUUGGGGGAACGCAAUCUGUUCUGUCUUAAUUCGAAGGGGAAAUUGAAAUUUAUGAAACGGCUCGAGUACACGCCCGUCCUGCUCUACGCUUUCAUUUGCAAUGACCAAAUAGUCUCCCUGGUAAUGUCAGACACCAACACGCUAUUCGUAUACCACAACACGACUCUAAAGUGGUCCGCCAAGCUUCACUUCUCGCCCAUAUGCUUGAGAAGAGCUCGGAUAAGAAACUUAGAAGGCGUGUUGGUGUUCAUCUCAGAGGAAGGGAGAUUAGAGGCGUGUUACUUAGGAACAGAGCCAAGUCUAUUUGUCGCACCGCCUUUGACUUUGGAGGAAGAGGACUUUGCUAAGUUGGAAGAUGAAUUGAGGAAGGCGCAACAGAUGAUGAAGAAUUCGUAUGGAGAUUGUCUCAAAAUAUCUAACGCGAAUGUCGACAAAGAACUAGGUGUUGAUAUAAAGGUGGCAUCGGAAUUGAAACCAUGCUCUUUCCAAACCUUGUUAAAUAUUACGGACGAUCUUCAGAUGUGUGAAGUCACCGCAGAUGUCUCACCUCAAAUACCCUUUGAGGAAGUUCAAAUCACAACAGUGGUACACACCCCGUUUACAGUUGACAACCCAGUAACAUUCCUCACCAAUAUUAACGAAAAGUCAACUACUCAAUGCAAAAUUUAUCUCAAUGCCGACUAUGAAGUGCCAAGUUUGGGUUUCACGACAGUGGUAACAACUGUCUCAAGCGUUGGGAUACCAAGGGCUUUCGUUAAGUCCCACGUACUGCCUGUUAAAUUGGUCUGUAAGUUAGAUGAGGCGCAAAAAGAGGCUGAACAUAAGCUUACACUUAGUGUCAAUCAGGAUGUUGUUCCAUUGUCGGCACUGUUUCAAGAUCUCAUCAACAGCGAAAAGCCUCCCAACACGUUAGGCAUAAAACCACUGACACCUAAAAGCAAAACAGUGACUAUAGUUCCUGCCAAAUCAACUCAACGAUACAGGCUGCAGGCAGACUCUUUUGCAUCUAUAAGUUUUGUAUUGGAACAGAUGAUAUACAGAUUGCAAGCCUACUACAAAAAUAAGGAUUUGGAGAUCAGCUACGGUGUUUCGUAUCCAAUAAAUGAGCUAUUUAGUCAUGUACAGGAGCACUUUGAAAUGCAGAAGGAGGUUUCGACGUUGAAGGAAAAGCUGAAUCAAUUCAACACUCAAUUCAGGCUUUUCGAAAAACGUUUCGUCGAGAAAUUGAAAAUGAAGAACCUCUCCUCACUGUCAAACGUCGAGAUUCUCCUGACCAACACCCAUUAUGAAAUUUUGAACACCAUUGAAAUGUUGGAAAACAAAGAGAAAAAACUGAUAGAAGCUCAGGUGCGACUGCUUUGCUGUUUCUGCAUCUUCAAGCAGCUGAUCUCCACUGCAGAUAUCGACGAAAAGUUGAAGGAAAUGCUAUUUUCUCUGUUUAGUGGCACGUUGGAGUUUUUGCAACAUCAGGUCUGGGAGGAAACGGCGGACACAGUAACCGGCUACUUAUUGAAAACCGCGCUGUCGAAAUCCGAAAAGGAUUAUUUAAAAGUUUCUCAGGCGACUUUCCAGGAUUUGAAGGACAUCAAUGCACUCAAAAGGCAAUUCACCCAAGUGUUCGAACGGCUCGCUUCAAGAGGAAAAGUUCUCCAGAGUGGUGGCGGUACAGAUGCGUGUAAGGAAAUAACUGAAGAAAACCAACAAGGGGAGAUUGAGGAGAUGCCACAGAUGGGGAGCCAGAUAUCGGAAAAGCACGCAAGAUUACUGUCAGCAAGGAAUAGGUCGGCGAAACAGCCUCUCACAGGUCUAUGAGCGCUUUAUGUGAUAUUUUGUUAAAUUUGCAAUGAUUAAAUUGUUCUAAGCAUGA